AUAUCAACUGUCAUGACCACAGUUCGUAUGCUUGGGCGGCACGGAAUCGCGCAUGGAGAAAUUCGCCAAUUACAUCAUGAAAGAGAUUGGACUUAAGAUGAGCCAGAGCGUUCAGCUAAAAAACAUUUCCGCGGAAGGCCAUCGAUACGCCUUGUACAAAGUUGGGCCAGUGCUGUGCGCCAGCCAUGGCAUUGGCGGGCCCUCAAUCAGCAUAGUAUUGCACGAGCUCAUCAAGCUCGUGUUCCAUGCCAAGUGUCAGGAUCCUGUCUUCUUUCGCAUGGGCACCAGUGGCGGCAUUACCGUUGAGCCUGGCACCGUGGUGAUUACUUCAGAGGCUCUGGAUGGCCAAUUGCGUCCUGUGCACGAGGUGGUCGUUCAGACACAGCCGCAGCUACGGCCCACCACACUGGACCAGGACUUGGCCAAGACGCUUAGAUCGCUAUCUAAUCCCUGUGGAGAUGGCUAUGACACUGUCUUGGGCAAAACGCUUUGUACAAAUGAUUUCUAUGAGGGACAAUCACGUCUAGAUGGUGCCUUUUGCGAUUACACACCAGAGAAAAAGAUGGCAUUCCUAGAGAAAUUGUCUCAGAGUGGAGUUGUCAAUAUCGAAAUGGAGAGCACCGCAUUCGCAAGCCUCACAAGUCAGGCCAAUAUUCGUGCCGCUGUCGUCUGUGUGACCCUACUCAAUCGCAUGGAGGGCGACCAGAUAGACGCACCACCAGCGAGACUCAAAGAUUACGACACAAGACCUCAAAUACUAAUCGCUCGCUACAUACGGAAGGCGAUGUACGGAGAGCCCCCGGCUGAAGACAGUUCUUAUACAUGUGAUUGCAGUGGCGAUCAGAACUAAUCGUCAACACUAACUGUACAAUGUACUCCUUUGUUUAUUUAGUUUUUAGUAAAAUGUUUUCUUUUUUUCUUAUGACAACCAGUUUCAAGUACAUAAGCGAAGUCUUAGUUACAAUUGAAACUUCGCAGCAUCCCUGUAUGCGAGAGAGAGAGAGAGAGAGAGAGAACGCGAGAGAAAAAAAUGAAACCUGUAGGCGAUCAAUCCGAAAUGUAUACUUCAGUAUUUAAAGCGACGUCGUAGCGAUCACAACGUAUAGCGGAAAGAUAAAGCGUGCAAAA